GCUGCACCUAACCGCUCCACUCCGCUCCGUGACCACCCGCAGCCAGAUCCAUCCAGAGAGGGAGAGAGCGGGAGAAGAAGAAGACUGCCGCAGCUGUUCUCCCGUCCCGUGGUCGGCUCCUCGGCGGAACCUCUCCGUCCAUUUCUCCUGCCCCCUUCUGCACCUGCUCUCUCUCUCUUCUCCAGUUAGACCAUGAACCUGCUCUUAUCUGGUUGCUAAGGAGGCGAAAUCGAGCUUGGAGGCACGGACGUGGCAGUACUUUGUUGCUAAGUCUUUGCGCUCCGGUCAGAGAGGUGCGGAGACGGGCGAGCAUGGCGCAGACCUCGCAUGAGCAGGGGUCGGCGGGGACUGCAGAUCCGGACGAAGACUCUCCCAACAUGAUCGUCUACAGGAAGAUUGAAGAUAUUAUCACCCGGCUCCAGGAUGAGUCCGAGGGAGUUCCCAUUCGAACAGUCAAGAGUUUCAUGUCCAAGAUUCCCAGUGUGGUCACAGGGACAGACAUCGUUCAGUGGCUGAUGAAAAAUCUCUCCAUUGAUGAUCCAGUGGAGGCCUUACACAUCGGGGGCCUGAUAGCUGCUCAGGGCUACAUCUUCCCCAUCUCUGACCAUGUGCUCACUCUGAAGGAUGAUGGGACAUUCUACCGCUUUCAGGCUCCAUACUUCUGGCCGUCUAAUUGCUGGGAGCCCGAAAACACAGACUAUGCCAUCUAUCUGUGCAAGCGGACCAUGCAGAACAAGACCCGGCUGGAGCUGGCUGACUAUGAGGCGGAGAACCUCGCGAGGUUGCAGCGAGCCUUUGCUAGGAAAUGGGAGUUCAUCUUCAUGCAGGCUGAGGCACAGGUCAAGAUUGACAGGAAAAAAGACAAGACAGAGAGAAAGAUCCUCGACAGCCAGGAGCGUGCCUUCUGGGAUGUCCACCGACCAGUGCCAGGCUGUGUCAACACCACAGAAAUGGACAUCAGGAAGUGUCGGCGCAUGAAAAAUCCCCAAAGGGUCAAGAAGUCAGUGUAUGGGCUGGCAGAAGACACACAGACACAAAGUCCUGUACACACACACUUGCAACACAGCAGGAAGGACACUAAAGAGGAUGUAGAGAAGGAGAUUUUUUUCUUGAACACUCAGCUGGAUAGACACUGCAUGAAAAUGUCCAAAGUAGCUGACACCCUGAUGAGCUACACAGAGCAGUAUCUGGAAUAUGACCCUUUUGUGUGUACGUCGGAGCCCUCGAACCCCUGGAUCAGUGAUGACUGCACUUUCUGGGAGCUGGAGGCCAGUAAAGACCCCAGCCAGCAGCGGGUCCGGAAAUGGGGAUUUUCACUGGAUGAGGCUCUGAAAGACCCAGUGGGACGGGACCAGUUCCUCAAGUUUCUGGAGUCGGAGUUUAGCUCCGAGAACCUGCGAUUCUGGUUGGCAGUGCAGGAUUUGAAGAGACGCCCCCUGCAGGAUGUGGCUGCCCGUGCUCAGGGCAUCUGGCAGGAGUUUCUAGCCGAAGGUGCGCCAAGCUCGAUCAAUCUGGACUCCCAGAGCUAUGAGCGCACCAGUCACAACCUUAAAGACCCUGGCCGCUACAGCUUUGAGGAUGCCCAGGACCACAUCUACAAACUGAUGAAGAGUGACAGCUACACCCGCUUCCUGCGCUCCAACGCUUACCAGGACCUCCUGCUGGCCAGAAAGAAGCCUGAGACUGAACAAGGCCGGCGCACGUCCCUGGAGAAAUUCACUCGCAGUGUGGGCAAGUCGCUGACGGGGAAGCGUCUGACUGGCCUCAUGCAGUCCUCCUGACGAGGCCCGGGCCUCGGGUGAGCCCAGCCGAGCCCAGACCAGCCGUACUCUGCUGGGGAUGAAGUAGCUUGACUGCGGUCUACUCGGCAGACGCAAGGACCUACUGCCGCCCAUCCCAAACGCGCAGCUACGGACUCUAGACGGCAUGCAAUAAGUCCACAAAUUCCAUAGAAACAGGGACGGCGUCAGUAUUUAACCAACUAUAUACAGCUCGUUCAGUUACAUCAAUGGCUGCAGAUAUGAAUGUCCGAUUUAUACCUCCAAGAUCACCAUAUGUUCAUUUGAUACUCUUUACCAGCAGUGGCAGGUGGGUGUGAACGCUCAAAACUGUACACCCCAGGUCAUCCUUUUCUUAAGAGCGUAGACCUAAAGGACAGUGAAUUACUCAGCUGGCGUGGAAGUGGACAAUGACAUGAGCAGCCAGUCAAGUGAGAUGCAUGCAUGUUGGCUUCAGAACAUUCCAGAGAGAGAGAGAGAGAGAGAGAGAGAGAGAGAGAGAGAGAGAGAACUUCUCGUCGCUGUGUAUUCUUGGCAAGGUUUGCACACUGCUUUUGAUACUCCUGCAUCAUGUUUGUGAGUCCUAGGAUUUCAGUGGAUCUUAAUUCAGAUUCCAUCUUGAGUUUCAUUUUUAGAUUUUUAGAUACUCUGAUUUUGAUAAACACGUUAUUCUUUGUAGUUUAUGGACGCCAUUUACAGUAUUUCAGCAGUUUUUGUUAAUCUUUACAAUACCCAGUUAAGCAGAGAUUCUUUCAGAAUGUAUCAUUUAGGUAGGAGAAAUACGAAUUAAUUCGGAUAUUCCUGGGACACGUAAGUUAGACUGAUAAUACUAUAUAUUCGAACAGCACAAUGACUGUGAUUUUUACAAAGCACCCUAGAUAUGAACUAGUAACAAAAAAAAAAAAUCUACCUAACCCUAACAUAUAUCUUCUUAUGUGUCAAACCCAGAAAUAUAGCUGGUCCGUGUUAAGUGUAUUUGUUUAGCUUGCCUGCCCAAACGAAAAUGUAAAUAUAGUGGGAAUGAAAAAGACCUACACACCUCAGAGUAGUGCUGCGGAGCUGGUAAAUCCAUCGUCCACAAUACUAUAUGUCGUCCCUCCAAAGACGGUCUUGAGAGGAGCGGGGGACUCGCCCUGGCGGAGCAGUGCUCUCCGGUCCGGCCGUACCGAAGUACCCCGCAGUGUUGCUUCGCGUCAUCCGCUGGACCGGUUCAUGCUCUCUGUCGCUGCCAACUGUCGGACCCUACAUAUCCUAAAAGGGGUCGCGAAACGCUAUCACUGCCAGAGCUACACGGAGGUCACUGCCCAGCUGAGGGCCUCGUCGGCCGAUAUCAGUUCGCGGAGAGUGCGACGCUGGCCGAAGGGCGCUUUCGCUACGGACUAUUGUUUCCUCCCUCCGAUUCCAGGUAGAAGUGCUUUGUUGACUUACAUUAGAUUGAAGUGGUGUAAACAAUGUAUGUAUGAAUACACACUGCAGCAACUCUGUGUAUAGAGACCGCUGUGUAGACUACUGAGAGUGAUUAUAAUUAGAGGCACAAGUGCUACAACUUGCACAAAACUAUGCAUGGAAUAUUUUUAAAGAAUUUUACAGCUUUUAGUUUUUUCAAAGAUAAAAAUGAGUAUUACUAGAUCAUAAUAAUAAAUAGUAGGACGUGAUGUCCUGGGUCAACCAAUAAACAUUCACUGUCUGUU